UACGCUCGGCGGCGGCGGCGGCCGCUUCGAUGUUUGUGUAUUUGUUGUUGUACCGCGGCGCGACCGGCUGGUGGUAGGGAGAGCGGCGGCGGUGCGUCGUAGGCGUACACCAAUAAUAAUCGCGCGCGUAUAGAGAAUAUACGUGUGUACUGACGCGGACAACGCGUGUGCAGCGCUAUCGUUGUAUAUUCAUUCGCGAACGUACCGCCGUCAUGUGCAGCAGGGCAGCCAUCACCUCGUCCGCGGACGAUCAGCUGCAGCAGACCUCGGAAUCCGGCGCCGCUGCCGCAGCCGCAGACUCGUCCCAGCAGGCAAACCUUAACCGGUACCGGUUGCAUCUCUACAAUUACGCGCUGCAGGCAGAACGGCUGCGGCUGUCGGGUGGAUGGGGCGCCGUGUGCCCGGUUUAUCCGGCAGCGGCCGCGGCCAUCUACCAGCCACGGUUUCCCGUAGCGCUGUUCCACCCCAACGGCGGCGGCGGCGUGGCCGGCGGACUGCAGGCGGCCGACGAGCCCAAGCCGCAGCACAGCUAUAUCGGACUGAUCGCCAUGGCCAUACUCGGGUCGGCCGAGGGUAAGCUCGUGCUGUCCGACAUCUACCAGUAUAUACUGGACAACUACCCUUACUUCCGGACCCGGGGCCCAGGCUGGCGCAACUCGAUCCGGCACAACCUAUCACUCAACGACUGUUUUGUCAAGGCCGGCCGGUCGGCCAACGGCAAGGGCCACUACUGGGCCAUACACCCGGCCAACGUGGACGACUUCAAGAAGGGCGAUUUCAGGCGCCGGAAGGCCCAACGAAAGGUUCGUCGGCACAUGGGCCUGGCUGUGGACGACGACGGCAACGACUCGCCGAGUCCACCGCCACCUCCACCGCCACCACCGCCGCCGCAGACUAUGCAGCAGCAGCACCACCAUCACCUGCACCAUCAUGUGCAGCAGCAUCACCACCAGCAGUCACAACAUCUGCACCACCAGCAACAGCAGAGGUCGCCACCGGCCUUGUGGCAGUCGUCCACGGCUGGUCACCCGCAUCACCCGUUCUACUUCCAACCGGUCGUCCCGCAACCCACGGCCAUUCUGCAGCAGCAGCAGUUGCAGCAACAGUCCGCGGCGCUCUUGGUGCCUGCCAGGGCACAGAAGCGGCAGUUCGACGUCGCGUCGCUGCUGGCGCCAGACCCGCCGAAGCGCAUGUUGCAGCAGUUGCACCGGGACGAUCCGAUGAUGGCGCUGACCUCGACCACCGGUGCCGGAAGUAGCGACGACGACGACGAAACGAUGACGUGCGGCGGCCGGAACAGCGUCAGUGGCGUCUGGGAACCGGCGGGCCUGCUGCAGCGGUAUUACGAGCAGCAACUGCAGGCUGCGCACCGAUUGCACGCGUUCCGCCAGUCUUUAGGCCUGCAGAGGAUGAUCGGAGGUGGCCCGUGGCCCACCGUUAUCGUUCAGGACCGCAACCAGACGCCCACGCCACCCUCGCUGCAGCCGUACACCGAGGCCACCACCCCGACGCCCGACGACACCGUCUGCAAAACCGAACUAGUCGACUGAGGUAAACGCUACCGUUUUCCGAUUUUUUUUAUUAUAAUAAAAUUAUAUAAUAUUAUAUAUUGUAUUGUAUACUAAUUACUAAAUAGUAAAUAUACCUACGCCUUCGUUUCGUUACGGACUUGCCUGCGUCAACUUCAUUGCGUGCGAUUUUACGAUUUACAAUUUCUUUUUAAAAGAAAGUCAAACUGCAGAUUUUGCGUAAGCCUGGCCUAAUAUGCCUACCGUACAUAUACCUGAUAAUAUAAUAUACAGGUGCAAUUCCAUAUUUUUAUGGCUGGUAGGCAUUAGCUUAUAUUUUAUAUACAUAAGGUAUUCGCGUAAUCCCAUCUCAUUUCUGGUUAGUCACUUUUAAAAACAUAUAGAAUAUACCUACCUACAUAAUAUAUUAUAUUAUAAUGAUAUAUGAAAGAUUUAUUUUCAAUUUAUGGUAAACUAUGCUAUGGCGCAAUUUUAAUGAAAAAACUUGGGGUGCCGAAGCACAUUAUUGUUUUUAAGUUAGACCGCCCUUCCGAAUUGCGCCAAUGCAACGGCGAUUAUAGUUCGAAAUCUCUUUCCAUCUUCGUCUGCGGUGCACGACAAUUUAUUCAUAAUACAUUAUGAAAUAUAUUUUCAUAGUAUAUGAAAAAAUUGAAAAGCAUAGGUCGUUACGCUUAAAAUGUCUCCGACCAGUAUAUUAUAUUAUCGUAGGUAAUAUAUCGUUUAGCCCGUAUAAUAUUCACUAAAUCAAAUUUUAUCCGCGGUGAUUAUUCUAUUUGAUCGUUUUUCUUCCCAUGGUAAUGAUAUAUAAUAAUAUAUAGUAUUAUAAUUUAUAAAAUAUUAUGUAGGUACAUUUCUGUCGAUAGCGUAUAGAUACAAAAUAUUAUUAAAUUUAAAUUUAAAUGUCAAGAUGGGGUGUAAUAUAUAGGUGGUGAUCGAUGGGCGAGUGCAUUGCGCAUGUAAUAUAAUUGUGACCAAAAAAUUAAUGUAUCUACCUAGGUCAGCGAUACGCUAAUAUACCUAUGACUUUGACGUGCAUGUGUGAUUUUAUUUUAUUAAUUUUUGACUGUACAUUACUAAAUUACAAAAUAUAUAGGUAUGUACCCAUAUCAUUAUAUUUGUAAAACUAUAGAGUCCAUUAUUGUUAAU